AUGGAGUCCCUGGAAAGUGGUUCGCCACGAUUGACAAACUCGAAAUUUGAAAGUUCUCCGACACGCCUGUAUUUGGCAGUUGCAUGUGCUUGUUUAUGUACACUUUCCUUUGGCUUUACUAUUGGGUACAGUUCUCCAGCCAUCCCAGACCUUGAGAAGGCAGGUUUACUAGAUGGGAAAUCGCAAGCCUGGUUCGGUUCUCUGUUGACAGUUGGUGCAAUAUUUGGAGGUCCAUUUGCGGGGUAUUGCAUUGAGAGAUUUGGACGGAAGUUCACAAUAACCCUUUCCUCGAUUAUUUUCGCAACUGGUGGCAUGAUUAUUGCAAAUGCUAAUUAUGUAUCAUCCUUGUAUAUCGGCCGUUUCCUAGUAGGGUGGGCCAGUGGACAGACAACUGUGUGUGUCCCUGUUUAUAUUGCAGAGAUCGCCACCAAGUCACUUCGAGGCUUCUUAGGUUCGUGCGUUCAGCUUUCCGUCACCAUAGGAAUACUGAUGGCGUACAUGGGUGGCAUGACACUUGGAUGGAGCAGAUUAGCAGUCGUUGGAUCUGUACCUGCACUUGCGACAAUAAUUGCCAUGUAUUUCCUGCCCGAAACACCGAGAUGGCUUCUGAUGAAAAAUCGUCGACAGGCUGCAUUGAGUGCAUUGAGUAACAUCAGGGGACCACAUGCUGCUGUCGAAGAGGAGUGUCGUGAUAUUGAAGAAGGACUAGACAAUCAAGAAUCAUUUUCUUUCGCAGAAUUUCAGAAGCCAGAACUAUUGCGUCCACUCUGCAUUUCCCUUGCCAUAAUGGCAUUCCAACAAUUCAGUGGUAUCAACGCUGUAAUGUUUUAUACUGUGUCAAUAUUCAACAGCGCUGGCUUCAAGAAGAGUGCAGAAGCCACUGUAAUAAUUGGUGCUGUUCAAGUCGUUGCCACAGCAGUGGCCUGCGUCCUGAUGGACAGAGCUGGACGUCGUAAACUUCUCAUUAUUGCUGGGUCAGUCAUGGUUUUUGCCUGUGGCUUAUUUGGCCUAUACUUCAUGAUAAAUUCUCAAAACGUGAGUUGGCUUGCAAUAACAAGUCUAGUGAUAUACAUUAUUGGAUUUUCACUGGGUUGGGGACCCAUACCAAUGUUAGUGAUGUCUGAAAUAUUCCCGGCCAGAGCUCGUGGUACCGCAAGUGGGCUUGCAGCCUUCACCAGUUGGUUCACUGCCUUCAUUAUCACAAAGGAAUUCGCUUUCCUAAACGACGUUUUCGGACAAGCAGGAACGUUCUGGUUGUUUGGUGCCUGUUGCUUGUUUGCUGUGAUGUUUGUGAAUAAACAUCUGCCAGAAACUAAAGGAAAGUCCUUAGAAGACAUUGAGCUGUACUUCCUUGGGCGAAGUAUGAUGCAUUAACUUUGCUAAGACUCACAAGAUUUCAUUAAGUAAUGUUUAAAGAUAAAUAAUACUUAUAGAAGCCACACUAGUCAAAAUUUAAAUGAAAUGAUAAAGAAAUCCAGACAAUUUUUGACUAAUUUCAACUUUAGUUACUCUUUCAACAUGAUUUGGGGAAAAAAAAACAUGUAUCAAAACAUUUCUACAAAUAUUUGACCAAUUAACAAUUAUUGCAUAGUUCUCAGUCUGGUUUCCGAUCUCGACACUCCUGUCAGAAUUAGGCUCUUUAUAAUUAUAAAUAUGAUAAUUAUUAUAUAGAUACCUGGAUUAAAGGGGUAGACAACAGAGAAAUCUUCAUAGAUUUGAAAAAGAACAUUUGACCACAAAGUACUUCUUCCCAAACUAAAACUCUUAAUAUCUAUGUCAAGUCUGCAAUAGUAUACAUCUUAUUUGAGAUAGAUUCCAGUCUAUUAGAUAACAUGAUAUCCCCUCCAGAAAUUAUAAAAACUGGCUUGGGUACCACAUGUACAUGGAUAUAUUUUGUAUGUCCUGAUAUCUGCUGCAUGUAUAGGAAUAUACAUCACAGUUGAUGUGUACAAUUUAUUGUAUUAUAUAUAUAUUGAUUACCAUUUUAUUUCUCUUAAGAUCGAUCACAAAUCCACAAUGUGCAUUUUACAUUUUUUUAGCGUACCAUCAUCAGUUGGUGGGCUUUUAUAUUUAAUCGUUCUUUAUGCGUCUAUGGUUCGUCAUCUAUCUGUCUGUAAAUAAAACUUGCUAUCGCUCUUUCUUAAGAGAUAUGGAGUGAUUUUUCUCAAACUUCAAAUGUAGGUUCCUCUUGGUCCCUAGUUGUGCCAAUUUUAUUUGAAGUUUGAUCCAGAAAACAAAAUGGCUGCUAACCAGCCAUCUUUGAUCUAGACAAUUGAAAGUUUGUUAUCUUUAUUUCUUGAGAAGUAUACUGGAAUAAUUUUUUGCAAACUUCACAGGUAGAUUUCCCAUGGUCCAUUUGGUUCCAAAGGUCAAGGACAAAGUUGAUCUCUGACUAUGACCCACCCUGGUUCUUAGUAGGGGAGGUAUUUAGGAUUUGAAAAUUAAACAAAUCAAAUCAUGCAAAAGGGUUUUAUCCCAGUAUUUUCAUUUCCAUUAGACCAGCAAAUAUGGAGGUGAAUGUGUAUAAUAAUAAUCAUAUAUAUAUAUAUAUAUACAGUAUAUGUAUCAUUGGCCAUGUGUAGUAAUAACCAGUAGAAAAAAGCUAAUAGUCAAAUUUUCGAGGCAAUCUGUCCCUUUUUCAAGACAAGUAAAUUACAAAUGUUCGCAUAUAGACAUAGAACAUGGAACAGUUACACAAGUUCAGUAGAUAAACAACAAAUAUCAUAUAUAUAUAUAUUGUCUUAUUCUGUCAUGAGAUCAGUGUUCACAAAAAGUUCAAUAUCUCUUAGAUUUCAUAUGAUGGUUUCCCUUGGACCUUAGUUUUACCCAUUUGAUUUUGAGUCCGAUCUUAUAAGCAAAAUGGCUGACUGUUGAAAUUUAUAUUGCUUCAUUAUUUCUAAUUCCCAGAAAAUUGUCCUCUGAUAUAUCUCUUAGAUUUUAUGUGUAUGUUCUCCUUGUUAUAAAAUCAUUAAAAUAGAGAAAAGAUCAUAAAUAGAACAAGUGAAGAUAAAUCAAUGGUGAGCGCCAAGAUCCCUCUUGUAUCUCUGGUUAAUUUCAACAUCUUUGUUAUUGUUUAUGAGUUCAAAAAAAAUUCCAAAAUACCUGGGUAGUCUUUGUUACUUCAAUAAAUAUGGAGUUGAACUGUUGAUAUGUUGAGACUGGAAUUUUGAGGAUAAAAACAAAAGUUUAAACCAAGUUUUGAAAUGUGAUUGUCGGAAAUCUUUUAUCAUUAAUGAGUGACAUUGAAUCUCACUUGAAAAGUUGAAAUAUGCAAGAAGUCAAGACUGGACACCAAAAGCUUGCAAUAAAUUAAGGAGUCAAUUUGUUUAAAUUUAACACUUUAUCACUAGCCCUCCACCUCUGGGUUGCGAGUUCGAAACCUAUGUGGGGCAAUUGCCAGGUACUGACCGUAGGCCGG